ACCGUCUUGAAGCAUUAGGAAGUAAUUAAUAGUUAUAGUCAUACUUUGGUGGUUUAAGAUCGGCUGUAUUGCAAUGCUAAGCGUUUCAAUUUUGUUCUAUUUCCUUCUAACUGUGGGAGCACGUACGUACAAACCUUGUUUCAGUUUUUUUAUUUACAAAAUGCUCCAUAGAAAGAAUUAGUGGCAAUUGCCAAACCCCGGAUAACGAACCGGGCUUAUGUUUGGUGGCCCAGUCUUGCAAACAAAUGUUGGACAUUUUGCGAAAACUCCCUCGUCCUUUUCCACCCCACAUCCGUGCAAAACUAGAAGCGUAUAAGUGCGUCAUUAAGGGCAAGAAAAAUACAAUUUGUUGUCCAACAAAUCCUGUUAAUUACAACCAGUUUAUAACGAAUGGUAACUCUGCCGAAGAUGAUGUUAUGUUGCCUGAUGUUAGCAAUCACAAAAACGUUAAAUUUUUACCUAAAAACUGCGGUCAUUUGGACACUGUUGACAAAAUCGUCAACGGUAACAAAACUGGGCUUUUCGAAUUUCCUUGGAUGGCUCUACUCUCGUAUCAAACGGACCGUGGGCCUUCGUUCCUAUGUGGGGGUACCAUAAUCAACGAAAACUAUAUUUUAACGGCAGCUCAUUGUGUUACAAACAUUAAGCCAAAACUAAUUGGAGUACGAGUUGGGGAGCACGACAUUCGUACCAACACCGACUGUGAAGAGUUUGAAGGUGAAGAAGUUUGUGCUCCUCCUGUUCAGGAUUUAUCAAUUGAGAAAGUUAUCUUUCACAAACAAUACGACAUCGUCACGCAUGCUAAUGACAUUGCUCUCGUUAGAGUGUCCCCAAUAAACCUGUCUUUAGAGAAUAGUAGACCGGUUUGUUUACCUUUGGACAAAGCCCGAAAUUUCAACUUUACAAACAAAAACGUGGUAGUGACUGGUUGGGGACACACCGAAAAAGGGGUCCCCAGCCCUGAGUUACUGAAAGUUGAAGUUCCAAUAGUAUCCUUUGAAGAAUGUCGAAAUAAAUUCGAAAAAAUUGUUCAACUUACCAAAAAGCAAAUUUGCGCCGGGGGCAAGUCAAAAAGUGAUUCAUGCAGCGGCGACAGUGGAGGGCCCCUUCAUGUUUUCUCAUUAUUAUUCGGAGAACCAAGAUUUGUUCAGCAAGGGAUAGUGUCUUUUGGCCCUAAAGACUGUGGCAAUGUUCCGUUUCCGGGUGUUUACACUAGAGUUGCCUACUAUAUGGACUGGAUUUUGGAUAAUCUUAAGCCUUGAUUGUUCUCAUUUAUUUCACAAUACAUCAGCCUUAUAAAAAAUUGUCG